CACCAUAAAACCUCAGCGAAGACGAAGUCUUUUGGGGACUAGAGUCCUCUAUCUGUUUCUAUGUCUCCACCACAUGCAGCAGACAGUUGACAUUUUUGACAUUACGCGAAAUAAGUUGGGUACGACCUUUACAGUUUUGUGGUCUCCCGUGAGUACGUGAAAGGGAAUGUCGAACGGUGCAAGAUCGGUUAGUGAGGUGCAUCGGAACGGCAAUAUUAUGGCUCAAGAGAAGCUCCUGGAAGGUUAUGUGGGCUUUGCCAAUCUCCCAAACCAAGUGUACAGAAAGUCCGUCAAGAGAGGCUUCGAGUUCACUCUCAUGGUCGUGGGUGAAUCUGGUUUGGGGAAGUCUACACUGAUCAACUCCCUCUUCCUGACAGACUUGUAUUCACCUGAAUACCCUGGACCCUCCCACAGAAUCAAGAAGACAGUACAGGUGGAGCAGUCGAAGGUGCUGGUAAAGGAAGGAGGAGUUCAGCUGCUUCUCACCAUCGUUGACACGCCAGGGUUCGGGGACGCUGUCGACAACAGUAACUGCUGGCAGCCAGUCAUCGAUCACAUCGACAGUAAGUUUGAGGAUUACCUCAACUCAGAGUCCCGGGUCAACAGACGGCAGAUGCCUGACAACAGAGUGCACUGCUGCCUCUACUUCAUUGCCCCCUCUGGACACGGGUUGAAGCCUCUUGAUAUAGAGUUCAUGAAGCGGUUACAUGAAAAAGUGAACAUCAUCCCCCUCAUCGCCAAAGCUGACACAAUGACUCCUGAGGAGUGCCAACAGUUCAAGAAGCAGAUCAUGCGAGAAAUCACAGAGCACAAAAUCCAGAUCUACGAGUUCCCAGAGACCAACGAUGAGGAGGAGAACAAGAUGGUCAAGAAGAUCAAGGAUCGCUUGCCCCUGGCUGUUGUUGGUAGCAACACCAUCAUCGUGGUCAACGAGAAGCGGGUGAGAGGGAGGCAGUACCCCUGGGGCGUGGCGGAAGUGGAGAAUGGAGAGCACUGUGACUUCACCAUCCUGAGGAACAUGCUCAUCAGAACCCACAUGCAGGACCUGAAGGAUGUGACUAACAACGUCCACUAUGAGAACUACCGCAGCAGGAAGCUAGCAGCCGUCACAUACAACGGAGUGGACAACAACAAGAACAAGGGACCAAUGACCAAGAGUCCCCUGGCCCAGAUGGAGGAGGAGAGGAGGGAGCACGUGACCAAGAUGGAGAAGAUGGAGAUGGAAAUGGAGCAGGUGUUUGAGAUGAAGGUCAAGGAGAAGAUCCAGAAGCUCAAAGACUCUGAGCUAGAGCUCCAGCGGCGCCAUGAGCAGAUGAAGAAGAACCUGGAGGCCCAGCACAAGGAGCUGGAGGAGAAGAGACGCCAGCUGGAGGACGAGAAGCACAACUGGGAGGCACAGCAGAGGGUGCUGGAGCAACAGAAACUAGACGCAUCCAGAACCCUGGAAAAGAACAAAAAGAAGAAGAUAUUUUAAAAGUAUUUCGGCAAGACCACCGUGUGACAAUGUACUAGUUGCCAAUUUACCAACCUGGACUGUCAGUUUGUCUGUCGACCAACAACCUGUUACUAUGUGUAUGCAUGGAGGAGCAGUGUGGUAUGUCUGGGGGAGUUCUACCUGGGGUCCUACAUUAGACCUACUGUCACAGACAUGCUCAGUCCUGGAAGGUGUCUCCUUUCUGUUCUCUCGCUCUCCUCCCCAAAGACCUUUCUCGUUCUCCCUGAAAUGGGCAUGUUAGACUGUUGUACAAUCAUGUUUUUUGGUUCGCAGUUCUCAAGCACACGCAGUCCCACACGCACACAACAAAACACACAGGUAUGAGCUAUUUCAUGAUUUCAGAGACGAUUCCCUUUUCUUUUUGAAACCCAGAAUGCCACAAGACUUGCUUUCUUAUCCUCUUUCUAGUUAGAUGACCUUGGAGACUGCACGACUUUGUUGUAGUGUUCUAUUUAAUGCCAAAUGACCAAACUGCGGAGUAGGAAGCUACACACCAAGCUACACACCUCAGGCGUUUUUCUUUUUAUAACAAUUUUAGUUAUUUAGUUAUCGUUGUUAUUUUUUCGCCCUCAUCCAAAAAUGUUAUCCUCUUCCAAUUCUUGUCAUUUAAAUCAUCUAGCCAUGGACCGCUGUGUAUAACUUCAGUCAUAUUAGAACCUUUCAUUGCUGGGUAUUUUGUCCCUUUUUUCCUCUCUAUUAUAUUGGCCCUGCUACAGUAAUCGUUACAUUUUUCAUUUUGUGUUUGUAGGCAUUUCUCCAUUCUGGUCUUUGAGGUUUACUGUGCAUACUGAAUUUCACUCCAGCUGCUACACAGUAAGCCCCCUUGACCAGGGCUGGGAAACCCUGUUUUAGGAGACGGUGGGGGAGGAAAGUUUGGUUGUUAACUCAACCCGUUCACAUAACCCUGAUGUAGUUUACUUACAAUGACCAAUGACUGUAAACAGGUCUGUAUUGACUGUAAUAAACAACGAUGGGGUUCCCUUCCCUUACAUCACAUUUAACUCUGUUCAUGUAAUGCAUCUCUUUAUUUUUUUUAUUAUUAUUUUUAUUAUUUUGUAGUCAUAAUAAACUUGUGAUGAUACAA